GAACAUGUCGAAGCGCUACGACGUGUCCAUGGGCAUCCUCGGGCGGGAGACCUCCAAGCCCAGGCCGGCUCUCCAAGCCGUGCUGCGCUCCAUGAGGCGGCCCAUCCAUGAGAUCCACGGCCUCGACACAGCGCACUGGCUCGCUUCUGUGGAACGCGCGCGCUCCGCCGAAAGGAGGCGGCGCGGCGGCGUCGACAAACGACCUGUUCCGUCGUGGAACUUCCGAG